AUGGUGUUCCUAAAGACUGUCUCGGUCCAGAUGAUCUUGGGAGGUUAUGUGGAUUUGGGUGCUGGCCAGCUGUCGACCGGGCGGAUCUACGUAACUGUGGCUCGUCUGGACCGAAAACUGUACUGGACACAAUUGAUGGCAAAUGCGCAGAACUGGGAGGAACUACUGAUGGGGGCUCGCAUGGUCCCAGCACAGGGCGAGAAGGUCUUAGAGAGGAGGGCUGGGGAACCCGAUGGGGAGGCAGUGGCUGGUGAAUAG